CCUGGAAUUGACUCAUGCAUUACAUGCAACUGCAUCUCAACAUCAACCAAAAGAUAAUUUUCUUGAGGAAGCGAGAACACAUAACGUAUCAACUGAAGUCUGUUUGAAAUUAAUGAAACUCAAGUAAAGGUUACUAUAGUUUACCCCAGUCGUAAUGUUGCUAUUCCAACACCUCACGACAAGCAAUCCCCAUUGGCAUAACGGCAAAAACAUGUCUUCCUUCAAGUAAACAAUAAACAGUCUGCUCUUGUUCCAUUUGUAAUCGAAAAAAGUGAUCAAUUUUCAAAUUUUAAGCUUAUCGAGAGCCUUUGUCUAUGCCUUUGUGAUGAAUCACUGUUCCCUUGUGCCUGCACAAUGGGCUAGGUUAAUUAAUUACCGAUCGCCUCAGCUAGCCAAUGGGAAUUUAGCCGGCGGUUCGGCCGGCGAAAAUCGAAAACAUGGGGUGAUGGUUGCAGGCCCACUAUCAAGUUCCCUUGGGCCUGCACGCAGGCUAUAAAGAUCCAUAUUCUGUGUAGUGAACUAUACACAAGGUAACUCAUUGCAAACAUCCAUUGUUUAUCCCACUGCAAAGAUUUGUUAUUUAUCCCACUGCAAUUUCCUGGUAGUUACGGCAGAAACCUGGGAAUGUUCCCCUUGCAUCAUGUCCAGCAUCAUGUUUGUCCACCAUGAGUAAUUCUCCACACAAACUUUUUUCUUUUCCAAUGUAGUUGGUUCAAGUUUACGUUUUCUUUCACUGGUUAAAUUCCUUCGCUCCUUCUUUGAAAUUACAUCCAUAUUCAUUCGUCUAAUGGAAUUGAACUAUAUUUUGUCAAGUUUCUAAAUUAUGUGGUACGGUGGUACCAUAUCUGACAUAUCUGUGACCAUAUGAUGAUAAAACACCAGCAGAAAUCACCGAAUAUUACUAGUUAAUAAUUAACAAAUGAGACUAAAAGCAGUGAUAUAUUUGUUGGCCAACCCAAUAAAACAAUUUAAAUAACCAAAAUAAGUCAGAAACGUUCAAAAGGGUAAAAAACCCCAGUAAAUUAAAGCAUAUGAAACAAAGAAUCGAAUAAAAUUAAUAAAAUUUUACUGCUAUAAAUGAACUAGUUCCCAGGCAUUCUUCCUCGUCGCGGUAUUUCCCAAAACUAGUCGUGAAACAUGGCGGAUCCAUUGUCGUUGUUGCGACAAUACAAUGUUCAACGAAAAGAGAUAUUGGAGAAGGAUGAUUACAUCAGCUUUGACGAGUUUGCAUUUCUCAAGACUGCCAGGACUAACUAUAUUAUAUACAGGUAGAUCGAUGGUUUUUUUGUACUGGUACGAGGAUUGUGAAUUUAUAAUUAGCCAGCAUUUUGGGAUUGUUUACACUGAUUUUUUUGCGAUCUCUGAGUUAAAUAUGUGUGAUAGCAUGAUUUUAAGAUAUCUUGCUUUGCAUGUAUAGUGUGUUUCUUGCAAGGAGAAUUAAAUGUGAUAGUGAUUUUGUUUGUAAUUAGAGUAUAAAUAAUUGCAGCGUGAAAUUUAAAUAUUUACUGAAGUUGUUGUCUACCCAUGCAAAACAAGGGGAUAGCAAACAUAUUUAUUUAUACUGGAUAGCUCAGUUCUAAGCUGCUUUCCAUAAAGGUCCAGCAAGGACCAUUGCCUCUUGGAUCAGUUACUACAGGAGGAAACCUAAACUAAACUGACUUUAUUUAUACUGGCAUAAAAACCACUCUGAAUAAUAAUGCCAUCUGGUAAAGGAUUUUAUACUGGAUAAUUCAAUGAAUCUGAAACUGUUCUUCCCUGGGCUGCUUGGUUUGCUAACUGCAAAAUUGUGUGCAGAAGAUCUUCAGAGCAUAUGGCAAACUUCAGGCCCAUCUACAUGAUAUGACUAGUCUGACUAGUCAUAUACAAUUCUUAUCCUGGUGUAUGUACUCGAAAAAAUGUGUGUGAAGAUGUCACAUAAUUUUCAAAUUUUGCCAUAGACUGAUGAACAGGAAUAGUUGCAUCAUACAACUAGUUGUAUCGUGUAAAUAGACCUUUAGCAGUCUGUGUUCGUUCUAGAAGUGCAUACACAUGGUUUAGGCCAUAAAAUAUCCCUGUUUAUCAUCAGUAUAAUACAAAACAUAAUCCGAAGAUAAGCAUCUUGAAACCCAAGAUGCUUAUCUUCGGAUUAUGUUUUGUAUUAUAUUUUUUGAAAUUGUCGGCUGGUAUUGUUUUUUUUUUUAUCAUCAGUGGCAGCAGAAAAACUGUGUGGGUGGGCAGAUUUUUUUUAUUUUUACCAGAUCAUAUUUAGUAGGUGCACGGAAAAAAUAUGCUCAAACACGCAGCACAGUUGUAUGGUAUAAUAUUUUCAAUGCUAUUACACUUUUCCUUAAUAUUACAAUUGCCACAAAUUGCCAAGGCCCAAGCGCAAUAUCAUACACAUUGUCAAUAUGAACUUGUGUUUUCAAAAUGGCUGACCAUCGUGAAAAUCUCGUGUGGGUUCCUUGCACGGGCCGCUGGAAGUAGUGAUUUUUAAAAAAUAAUAAAUCCAUGCAGCACGAAAAAUGGAUGCGGGCGCUGAUGAUAAACUGGGAUAUUUUUUUACAUGGCCUUAGUGGUAAUACAAGAAGAAACCAGACUACUUACAUAAAUCAAACCGGAAACACUCACAUACACACAAGACAAAAUUAUAAACAGACAAGUGCAUUUUGCAGGAAUUGAACCCUGGUUCUCUAGAGGAACUGAAAGAUGCAUACACCAACCACUGUGUCACUGACACCUCACAAUGUUUAUUUGUUUGUAGAACUCAACCAAAAGAGUAUUAUACAUUGGAGUCCAUGUUGUUCUUGUUGAAAAAUGUGCAUUUGUCUCAUGCCAUCUACGUUCAACGAGCUGCAGUAAGUCCAAACAUUCACCCAUUGAAAGAAGCCUAGAUAUACAGUAAACUUACAUUCAAUUUUGAAACCAUCCUUAGACAUAAAAAAACUAGUUUCAUAUGCAGAGUACAAAGAAAAAUUAAUUGCCUCAAAACACUGUGCGUUGUCCGAGACAAAUGUUAACUCAUUGUGAAAAUAUAUUGUACACUUAAAUUGGGCAAGACUUGCUGCCAAUCCCUGUUGAUUUAAUAGCUCAAUGGGUCGAGCAGCAGUCCAGAAACCAACGAUGUGAGUUCAAAUCCCACUCAGGACAACAAUUUUUUUGUUGUGUUCUGCAGUGUCAGAAUGAAUAUCAAAUUAAACUUGCGUUCAUCUAGUAUGGUAAUUUUUAUUUUUUUAGGCUUCAAAAAUUCCUGUUGUUAGAUUGCCAGAUAAAAAGGUUAUUAUCAAUGAUACUUCAGUUUAUCUUAUUGUAUACUUUAUCUCACUUAACAAAAACCCACCAAUUUCAUUUCCACAAUACUUUAGGCCCUUCUCAGCUAUUUGAAUGGUGAAACAGGUAAAAUUAAAACUUUUAUCAAAAAAUAAUCUUGAAGUAUGGUUUCCAUUUUGCUAAACAAUUAAAUUAUUUUAUAGAAACAUCAACAAGCAUCGACAAAAGUGUUCCCCUUGAGCUACCCACACAAAGACCGUCGGCAAGACAUCAGAAUUGUUAGUAAAAUAUUUUAAAACAUUAAACAUGAGUAAGACUGUUUCCUGACGUCUUUCGUUGAUGUUUUUUGAACAGUAAAAAGACCAGGCGAGGAUGGGGCAUCAGGAGAAUUCAAAAGACCUAAAGUUGAGGUGAACUGACUUGAAUUAUUAAACUUAUUUGGUUACCACUCUAAAAAUUACUUACUUACUUGCAGCCUAAUUAUUUGUUAGCAAGACUCAUGGACUGAUUAGCCAAUAGACUUGUAGAUAGAGUGUCUAAUGCUAGACAAUAUUAAUCAAACUGAGUGUGAUUGCAAAGUAGGGCACAAAAUUUGAACACUUUCAAAAUUUUAACUCAUUAAGUGCCAGCACUGUCCCCUUGAUGAGUAAAAUCGUCUGGCAUUAGACAGAGUAAAAUAAUCUGGCGUUAGACAGAGUAAAAUAAUAAAGUAUGGCGCAUCAGGGCGCAAUGUAACUCAUUAUGGGCUAAACAUGAUUGAUUAGCUAUUUUAUGAUCUUUUUAGGAAGAACAAGUCAGGCGAGAUAAGGUAAUGUGUUGGACAACAAUCGGAUCACAGACAGACAUAAUAAUCUACUUAUAGCUUUCUACAAAUCUCUGUUCGACUGUCAUGUCGAGUAACUCACCAGUAAUGUAUUUGUAAUAUAGGAAAGACUGGAAGCUCGUCUCGAAGGCCACAAGGAGGGAACCGUGACCACAGAACAGAUUCGGUAUAAAAGUUUAACAUAUACCUGUACCUUAUUUUGAAACAUGUCGUGUUAUAUGAAAUGUAUUUUCGUAUUUUUAAAAUGCGUUAUUUAGUUCUUUGAGUGACACUAUGUCUGCAGAAAAGAUUGCAGCUAUCAAGGCAAAGCGUUUGGCGAAGAAACGAACAACGAUUAAAGUUGACGAUGAACUCGAUGCUGGUGUUCUCGUAAGUCAAGUGACUCGCAGAUUUUUCUCAUUUCUAGACAUUCCAACUCUUCGAUUUCAUAGGCGGCGGAAAGAGAGGGGCCCCCUAUACGCCCCAAAAAUAAAAGUGCUCCCCUCCAAAAAAAGAACAACGAUCAGAGUAAAACUUCAGAGUGAAAUUUCUACUUAAAAAUUAAACUAUUGUUUUAUAUUUGUUUUUCUCCAUUAGGAAAGACGUGUGUUCGUUGAUGCUGAAGUGGACGUUACACGAGACAUUGUUAGUCGUGAAAGACUGCUUCGCACCAGAUCAAGUGUCUUGCAAAGUUCUGGCAAAGUAUGGAAUGGGUUAUAGUAUUACCAUUUUCUCUCAAGCCCUGGACAAAUAAGAACAAGAGUGGCAUGAGAGUUGAUUAAGUCUUUUUUUUACAGUUGUUGUUUGUUUUUAGUAUUUCCUGAAGAACAUCUUAGCAAUCCUUCAAUCGGUGAAGGCUCACGAAGAUGGCUCGGCAGCAAAACAACCACAAAAACCAGCCCCUGUUGCAGUACGUCUUUCUUAUCUGAGCACUGUAUUCUUAUUUGAUUUAUCCGUAAUGUGAUUUAUCUUUCAUUGGUUGGCUAAAUUUUCUCAACUUUAAUAUCAUCCAGGAGGUGCCCAAGAAGAAAGCGGCAAUGCCUGUGUCAUACAACAGAUAUGAUCAGGAAAGAUUCAAUCGAAAAGAAGGUAAGAAUUUAGCCUGUAUGUCAGACGAUUUCUUCUUCCACAGAUGCCAACAAAGGAAGUGUAAGAGACCUUUCAGAAUGAUACUAUUCAUGAUUUUACUUGUCAGGGGCAGAGUGUUGGCAAUCAGCGGGUUAAUUCAAAGUAUUCUCACAUUAUAGAAACGGAAGGAUUUAACAUCGAUACAAUGGGAACAUAUCAUGGCUUGAGUUUGGAUCGCGUAAAGGUAAGAUCUCCGUACCCAAGAGGUAUAACCAACGGUUUACCGUAUAUGCAUUAUACGAUGUUAUGUGUGAUAAUCAUAUUCCCAUGACAAAAUAACUCAGUUGAGGGGCUUUCUUGCAGGAAGGUGUACAUAAAACAGAGCAAAAACGAUCGUCGCAUUCGUCCAACCAACAAAGACCUUCAAAAUCUCAUUCUUCGGGUAAUUUCUUGUGUAUUAACUAUUAUACUGUGUAUACAGCGCUUGGAUUUGGGUAGCUUUAAUACUGUAAUCAGGGUUCGAUUUAGCGACUCGCUAUUCGCAAUUUGCGAAUGUAAAUUCGCUUUUUGCGAACGCAAAAUCAUCCAUUUUGCGAAUGACGUUUCGAAAAAACAGGUUGAUGUUCACAAUCACUUCGAAUGUAUUUUACUAUAAUGAAAGAUAUAGAGUAUUUUGCUGACUAUUAUUGCAAUUUUGUACUAAAAAGAUGUGUGAAAUUAAGAAUAUGGCUACAAUUUCUUCAGAAAAUUUACGAAAUUCGCUAGGAAACGACCGCCAUUUUGGUUUUUGCAAGCAGUGUUUCCACUUUUUAAAACUAAAAUUUCCUCAAAUUUUCCAAAAGGAAAUUUGCGGAUCGAUGUUUCCUGUCUGAGCCACAGGAUAUCGAACGACAGAAAUUAACAUUACAAUAAAGUUAACAAUUAUUUGAAUUUUCUUAACCAACCACAAAUAACUGUGUGCACAUCAACUGUAGUUUUACACAUUUGAAAUAGUAAUUAACAUAUAAUUUUGAUGAAAUAAAGAAGAGUGUAAUCAUUACGAGAAAUCCCCCCAGAAAUGUACACUAUCUCUUUAUGACUCACUCGUUUUGAAUUUUUGUUACUCACAUGUUCACGACGCUUGCCUUGGUCGGACCUCUACUCGAGGUCUUAAAAUAAUUGAGGAGAAAGUGCUACCUUUACUUUGACAUCAGUAAAUGGUUAGGUACCUCGGAUCUCUUAUCAAUUGAGCAAUAGCCUGUUGGGAAAUCCGCUCACCAAUGAGUGAGAAAACUCAAUAAACUCAAACUAAACUUAUAUUUAUAGUUCAACAGAAACCUGCUCCACAGAUACCACAAAAGAGAG